AUAAUGCGUAAGGUGGCCAUCAUCGGCUCCGGCAACUGGGGCUCUGCUAUCGCCAAGAUCGUUGGCGCCAAUGCCGCUAAAUACCCGCACUUUGCGGAUGAAGUUCGCAUGUACGUCUACGAGGAAAUGGUGGAUGGUCGCAAGCUGAGUGAGAUUAUCAACACACAGCAUGAGAACGUCAAGUACCUGCCUGGACACAAGCUCCCGGUGAACAUUGUCGCCGACCCUGAUCUGCUCAGCGCCGCCCGUGACGCUGACAUUCUCAUCUUCGUUCUGCCGCACGCCUUUGUGCCGCGAAUCUGCAAGCCACUGAAGGAGGUGGUAAAGAAGGACGCCGUGGGCAUUUCCCUCAUCAAGGGCUUUGGUGAGCUGCCCAAUGGCGGCAUCGAGCUUAUUUCCGAUGUCAUCCGCCACAACCUAGGCAUCGAAAUGACCGUCCUCAUGGGCGCCAAUCUGGCCAACGAAGUCGCCGAGGGGCACUUCUGCGAGACCACCAUUGGCAGCAAGAGCGGCCCGAAUGGUGCCAUCCUCAAGACGCUCUUCCAGACUGACAACUUCCGCGUCACUGUGGUGCCUGAUGUGUACACUGUCGAAAUUUGUGGUGCUCUCAAGAACAUUGUCGCUUGCGCGGCCGGCUUUGCCGACGGCCUCGGCCUGGGCGACAACACCAAAGCGGCCAUCAUUCGCAUCGGUCUGAAGGAGAUGAUCCGCUUCUGCAAGACCUUCUUCGCCGACGGCCUCCAGGUGACCACCUUCUUCGAGUCGUGUGGCGUCGCCGACCUGAUCACCACCUGCUACGGCGGGCGCAACCGACGCGUCUCGGAGGCCUUUGUCAAGACGGGCAAGUCCAUCGAAGUGCUGGAGAAGGAGCUGCUCAACGGCCAGAAGCUUCAGGGAUACCAGACCUGUGAUGAGGUCGUCAAGAUGCUCACCGUAAACGGCCACCUUGAUCGAUUCCCUCUGUUUGUCGCCGUGGACAACAUCUACAAGGGACAGAUCCCUCCGAUGAAGCUCAUCGAGCGCAUCCGCAUGGAGCCCACUGACGACUGA